UGAAAAAGAUAACAGUUGAAAGAAGAUUCCGUAACGUAAAUGUGCACUCUAAACUCUAUAUAUACCCUUUCUCUCCAUGUUCUUCAAUAAACAAGCAAGAAUGUCAACAGAUUGUCAAGGAAAGAGUUCGUGGCCCGAGCUUGUUGGGGCAAGGGGAGAAGCAGCGGCAACUAGGAUUGAGGAAGAGAAUCCUCGGGUUGAUGCUAUUGUGGUAGUGGAGGGAAGGGAUUCAGUCAUAACAGAUUUUCGAUGUGACCGUGUGUGGGUGUGGGUGAACUCUAAUGGGGUGGUCGUUCGACGUCCUUUCAUUGGCUAAGCUCAGUGUCGAUUGAGCUAGGGACUAGGAGGUGCAGUCACCAUAUAUAUUGUAAUUGGAUAAAUAAAUACAUGAUGUACCAAUGCAUUAAUAAAUAAGAUGUGUAACAUAUAGUGAAGCUGUUUGUGUUAAGAUGUUCGGUGUUAAUUACCAUAUUUUACUUGA